AUGGAAGGACCGAGUAGUCUCAUUGCUGCACUCUUUGUCUUUCGUUUGUCUUUUAUGACAUUGGGGUAUCACAGGAAAGAGGGAACCUGUAUUUGUGCAAUCCUGGGCUAUAGUCAGAAGGGAUCUGGCCCAUCCACAGAAAAUAGUCUUGGAGGUGCACUGCAGGUAGAGUUUUCCUUUUCAUGUACAAUAAUACUCAGCAUGUUAUUCUACCACACGCUGGCCAGAGCCUUUCUUCCGUUCCUCAUCCUUUCAGGAAAUUUGGUUUCAGCUGAGAACAUCAACUUUUACAAUGUGAGACCUCCACUGGACCCCACUCCAUUUCCAAACAGUUUCAAGUGCUUUACCUGUGAUAAUGCAGUGGAUAAUUACAACUGUAACAGAUGGGCUGAAGAUAGAUGGUGUCCUGAAAGUACUCAGUACUGUUUGACAGUUCAUCUCUUCACAGACCAUGGGAAGAGUACCUCAGUCACCAAAAAAUGUGCUACUGGAGAAGAAUGCCAUUUUGUAGGCUGCCACCAUCACAGAGAAAGUGGCCACACAGAGUGUGUUUCUUGCUGUGAAGGCAUGAUUUGCAAUGUAGAAAUACCAACCAAUCACACAAAUGCAGUAUUUGCUGUAUUGCAUGCCCGGAGAACGUCGGAUGGCAGCAGGCGGACAGUCAACGUCGCAGUGCUUGUAUCGGUCAUGAUGAUCGCGUUGUCGUGA